CAUGCUUACAACAAUGUGAAGACUGACUUGGAAGAAUAUAAUUCUACCACUGAAUUGGCUUUGGUGCUUUGAUAAGAUACACAAGGGUCCCACCUGCCAAACCUCUUUCCUGUCAUGCCAUGGAUUACUCAGAAAACAGCAAGAAACAUCAGCGUUUUUGAGGAGUGGCUGGGACUCACCACACCGUCCCAGAAGAAACAGGUUAUCAAGUGGACAAAUAUCAUGAGGAAUUUCAGUGGAGACCACGUAGAAGAGUUUGUUUUGGUGGGCUUCGCUGCCUCUCCGCCCCUUCAGCUGCUCCUCUUUACCCUCUUCCUUGCAAUGUACUUGUUGACAUUGCUGGAGAAUGCACUCAUUGUUUCUACCAUCUGGCUCACUGCAAGCCUUCAUCGCCCAAUGUACUUUUUCCUUGGCCACCUCUCUUUUUUGGAGCUAUGGUAUAUCAAUGUCACGGUUCCCCGACUCUUAGGAGCAUUUCUUUCCCAGAACCGUAGAGUCUCCUAUGUAGGUUGCAUGACCCAACUUUAUUUCUUCAUUGCCUUAGCCUGUACUGAAUGUGUCCUGUUAGCAGUCAUGGCCUAUGACCGCUACUUGGCCAUCUGUGAACCUCUCCGUUAUCCUAGUCUCAUGCCUUCCAGCAUGGCCACUCGCCUUGCUGCUUCCUCUUGGGGCAGUGGCUUUUUCAGCUCCAUGAUGAAGCUUCUUUUCAUUUCCAGACUGUAUUACUGUGGACCCAACAUCAUCAACCACUUUUUCUGUGAUAUCUCUCCACUACUUAAUCUCACCUGUUCUGACAAGGAACAAGCAGAACUAGUAGACUUCCUCUUGGCCCUGGUGAUGAUUCUACUCCCCCUAUUGGUUGUGGUUUCAUCAUAUGUGGCCAUAAUUGCAGCCAUCCUAAGGAUUCCUACUGCCCAAGGACGCCACAAAGCCUUCUCCACUUGUGCCUCUCAUCUGGUAGUAGUUGUUAUCUACUACUCCUCCACUCUCUUUACCUAUGCACGACCCCGGGCCAUGUACACCUUCAACCACAACAAGAUUAUCUCUGUCCUCUAUACUGUCAUUGUACCAUUCUUCAAUCCAGCCAUCUACUGCCUAAGAAACAAGGAGGUAAAGGAUGCCUUCAGGAAGACUGUGCUUGGAAAAUGCCACUAUCCCAGGGAUGUCCCAGACUGAUGUACAAUACAGCCUGGCAGGAAAGAUGAAACAUCAUCUUAAGAGUGACAUAUCAAAGAAUUAAUAACAUAGGCUUAAUGGAAACAAAAUAUCAGCUAGUACAUAGUUUCUCUAAAUAGUUUCUGGGAACCUCCCGAUACAAACAAAAAUUUACUAAUCAUUGAUCUUAUACAGGGGUUUCCAAACUAAGGUCAAGCUAUAAGAAUCUCCUGGGCAUUUGUUGAAAUGCCUAUUCCCAGGAAAAUCUGCAGAGAAUCUGAUAGAGUAUGCCUAGUUUACAACCCUGCCAUGAAUAAUUUUCAACUUCUUAAGAACACUUCUUUCACAGCCAGUUUGAGAUUCUCUACUCUAGACCAAGCUUAUUAUUUUACAAGUAAGACAAUAAAAGAAAAGGGACUUGCUGGUGCAUUUGUCAAAAUAAAGUGAUGUAGGCUUUGUUCAUACCUUAAAGUAUCUUAAUUCUCAAAUUCUAAUUCUAUGAGAAUCUCAAAAGUGCAAUUAUAUCCCAAAGAACUAAAACUCAUAUCGCCGAACCCAUACUCCUUACCUCUACAAGUCUUAUACCUACUGCAAAUCAAAGCACAGGGAAAAUGCAGCACUGGUAUUCAGCCAUGUGUUCAUCAUUUAAUAUGGCUAAAUAGUCAUCUGCAUCUCCCUUAUUUGACUCCAAGAGGGAUACACAGCUCAUUGACCUAAUGUGUGUUGAUUAGAUAAUAGAUCAAAUGCAUUAGAACACUUUUACGUAGAUUGGCCUCAGAAUCUUCUCUAGCACUAUGUCAACUUUUGUUUUAACUACUUGCUGCCUGAAUCAUACCAGCUGCCAAAUAUUUUCAAUUUUGCACCUGGGGCAAAUGACCACAUGAACAGAAAUGCUUUAAUAAGAGACAAGAUUGAGGGAAUGAGAAGUGGGAUGCAGCUAUCUCUGCAGUGAGUGGGAUGCCUCAAAUUCAAAGCCUGAAUUAUAGGCAGACAUUUUUCUAAGUUCUUUUUAUAUAGGAAACUUGCUUGAACUGCUUAAGGAGAUUUCACAUCCUGAUUCCAAGCUAAUUUCUGCACAUUAGAACUGAAUUCAAUGUUCCUUUAG